UUUGAUAGAUAUCAAUGAAUGAUGUUCGCCUUUUUAGUAUUCCGAUUCCAUAGAAUUUCUUUUGCUUUGCACGUGUAGAGUGUUGGGAAAUUUAACAAAAUGACGAAUUCAAAAGGUUAUCGUCGUGGUACGAGGGAUUUGUUUGCCCGCAAAUUCAGAACGCAUGGCACAAUUCCGUUAUCCACUUAUAUGAAAAUAUACAAAGUGGGAGAUAUUGUUGAUAUCAAAGGGAAUGGUGCAGUACAAAAGGGAAUGCCACACAAAGUUUACCAUGGUAAAACUGGAAGAGUUUUCAACGUAACUGCACAUGCAUUGGGAGUUAUAGUAAACAAGCGGGUAAGAGGAAGGAUUAUUCCAAAGAGGAUCAAUAUUCGCAUUGAACAUAUUAACCACUCUAAGUGUCGAGAAGACUUUUUACAACGUGUCAAGCAAAACGAAAAACUCCGCAAGGAAGCUAAAGAAAAGAAAAUAAGGGUUUCUCUUAAGAGACAACCUGCUCAACCAAAACCAGCACAUAUAGUCAGUGGAAAAGAGGAACCUAUUUGGUUGGCUCCAAUUCCUUAUGAAUUUAUAGCUUAAAUUAUGCAGAGUUCAUUUAAUAAUAAAAAUAA